AUGGAUGAGAUACAAAUAGUAGCCGUUGUUUGGAAGCCGCAGAUUCACGUGAGUGCAAACAACAGUUACCCGAAUUUGAGUAUCUAUCCACGGGGAUUGGGGACCAUCCCCAGUUUGUCGGUUACUUGCUUAACAUCAUCCACUACUAAAAAACUAAACCCCAUUAACCUUCCCAAAUUAACCCUUCUUCUUCUUCUUCUUCUUCUUGUUUGCAUUUGGAGGGCAGUGUUAGUGGACGCUGAUUCGUCCAUUCUUUUCUUAGACUGGACUGUUUCUUAUUCUGAACGUGCUCCUCUUGGCGUUGAUAAACAGGUUAUAGUAAUCAAUGAUCAGUUCCCGGGACCGCUGUUGAACGCAACAACAAAUGACAUCCUCAGUAUUAAUAUUCAUAACAACUUAACAGAUCCAUUUCUCAUCACAUGGAACGGAGUGCAACUGAGGAGGAACUCAUGGCAAGAUGGGAUGCAAGAGACAAAUUGUCCCAUACAGCCAGCCCAAAACUGGACCUACAGUUUCCAAUUACAGGAUCAAAUUGGAAGCUUUUUCUAUUUCCCUUCUCUUCUUCUCCAAAAGGCUGGUGGUGGAUAUGGUGCCAUCCGUGUAAAUGAUCGUCAAGUUAUUGCUGUUCCAUUUGAUCAGCCUUACAAAGAGUAUGAUAUUCUCAUUGGAGAUUGGUAUAACGCUGAUUAUCGGGACAUGAGAGCUUCACUUGAUGAUGGAAACUCAUUCUCUGUGCCAGAUGGUAUCCUCAUUAACGGAUUUGGACCUGAAAAAGCAAUUUUUGAUUUUGAGCCAGGUGCUACAUAUAGGCUAAGGAUUUCAAACGUGGGCUUGAAAGCAUCUCUCAACUUCAGAAUAGAGGAGCAUCUACUGUUGUUGGUGGAGACUGAAGGAUCUUACACACUUCAACAAUACUAUAGUAGCUUGGAUGUGCAUGUUGGCCAGUCUUACUCUGUUCUAGUUACCGCUGGAACCUCUUAUUACAUGGUUGCUAGUUCCCGUUUUAUUCCUUUCCAACUUAUUGGAGUUGGUAUAAUUCGGUAUCCAGGUUCUGAACCAUACCCCAUUACCCCUCUUCCAGCCGGACCACAGCCAUUCGAUUAUACAUUCUCUUUAGAUCAAGCUCGUUCAAUAAGAUGGAAUCUAACAGCAGGAACUGCCAGGCCAAAUCCCCAAGGUUCCUAUCACUAUGGCAUCAUCAAUAUCUCUCGGACACUGGUCCUUGAGAAUGGUAUGCUGAAGGAUGGAAAAUUCCGCUACACAAUUAAUGGAAAAUCAUUUGUUCAUCCAGACACACCAUUGAAGUUGUUGGAUUUUUUCCAGCUCAGUGUUGAUACAGUGCCUGUUACUCUCCCUUACGCACCUUUUGCUAUUCCUCCUGCGUUGGGAACUUCAAUAAUUGAUGCUAAUUACCAUGAUUUCCUCCAUCUAGUAUUAGUUAACCCUCUUCCGUAUUUGCAGACAUGGCACCUUGAUGGCUUUAACUUCUUUGUUGUCGACAUGGACUGGGGAUGUGGAAUGAGAGUAAGAUGGAACAAUAUAACAUGAUUGAUGCUAUUUCUCGCUCCACAGUUCAGGUUUAUCCGUUUUCAUGGGCGGCAAUAAUGGUAAAGUUGGACAGUGAAGGACUGUGGAAUUUGAGGUCACAAAAUGCUGAGAAUUGGUA